AUGUCGUCCUCGACUGCCCCUUCAACGUCGGGAACUUCGUCAUCGGUGAAUCCGGGGGUCCUCCGCCGUUCCUUCACCGUCCCCGCCAAGGUUACGGAUCGGCCGAAGCCUACUACCUCCAACUCGGAUAGCGAUGCUGGCAUAGAAACGCUAUUCACGCAUACAUUCGCGAAGAUCGUGUCCUUUUCAACUGCUCUGGAUCCCUCUAGGCCGCCCACCGCUAAUGGAAGGCGACCGAGUGUGAAUGUGCAGCUAGAUGCGGACACUCCAGGAUUAGGAUCUAUCCCUUGGGAAUCAGUGACCGAGAGGACUCUUGCAGCUGGCCCUGUACGAAUCUACCGCGUGACCGCAUCCAACGUAUCCUUCCUCAACUCCGGACGACUACUCCAUACCAUAUUUCCGAAAUCCCAAUGCUGGUGCGUGGACGGCGAGUGCAAAUUUGUUCUUAGAGUACGGCAGGAUUCGUACUACCGGAUUGAACUACCUUGUGCUACCGACGAAGACAAGGCGAAGAUAGAGGACUUCAAGACCGUGCUAGCAAAGGUUCUGCAAUAUGAGAAGACCGCCAGUCCUUUCAAGAUAGGUCUCGAAGUCGGAAUUCCUGAGCAGCCUGAGCCGCCAAUUCCUAAACGGCUACGGAGGCCUUCGGAGAAGGCUAAGAAGUGGUUAUUCGACAAGAGCUGGGUUCCGGAAGAUGGUCCGAAGCCUCUUGUAGACGCAUCGGACUCUGCUAUAUCUUCUUCGUAUGAUGACGAUGAUCGAGAGAGCGUACAGACGAUUGAGGAAAAGGAGGAGAGCUCCAAGUCACCGCUACCACGAACAGAGAAUGAUCCUCCCUUAUCGGCCAUGAGGAAUUUGGGGCUCACACCCCCUCCGUCUCUGCGGCAGCGGGCGAAGACCUUCAUGAUUUCCAGGUCGAUCACAGCUCCCCCGCGAUUCGGCUUAGGACAGUCGUCACCGUUGGCAGCGAGGAAAGUAGUAGGGCAUCUAGCAAUCCCAGAGUCAGAGGCUGAACACGCGGAGAAUGUUGAGGAAGCAAUCAGUCGUACUUCAAGUGUCGACUCGUUUUAUUCUUUAGCAAAGACUCAAUCUCGCACACCAACACCCCCAUUCGAGGACGCUACAUCUAUCAUAGAGAGCAACUCAUGGGCUCAGCGUGAGGAGCAAGUAGAACAUAAGCCGCAUUGGCGGAGAGGUCGUCAUCGUCGCCGGAUAUCAGAUCUCACUGUGACGGCUCACUCCAGGACCCGCUCGGAAGAGCGUCUGCCCUCCACGCCUACAGACGGUGGUGAAACCAAGUCUGCGCCAUCGACUCCUCCACUCAUGAGCGAUUCCGACGACAGCUUCGAGCCACCAUUGCCAGAUGUGCCGACACCGCCUGACGCCAUCAGGCUGAAGAAGCUGACGGGCGCCUCACAGCGGCGAGCUUACUCUCCCAUGCCACAUCCGCAGAACCUCUUCAACCCUCCAUCACAUGCCCCUCAGCAGCAGUUCACGGCUGCAUUAGUGCAGAAAACCUGCCAACUUCUCCUCGGGCCGCCAGCACAUCUGGUGGCGCUAAUGCUCCGAAUUGCAGCGCAUAUCUCGAACGGAGCGUUUGGGUUCGGCACGUACCGCGUGCAUCAAGAGACAGAGCGAAUUCCCUGCUCGUGGGAAUCGAGCGACGACGGCGACGAGUGGGCCGAGGAUGACUUCGGCAUCCCACUGGGUCAUCUAGAGCCGUCCGGGCUGAGGAGAAGAGAGCCGUCGUCACAUGGUAGCUGGGAAGUUGACUGA